AUGGAGUUGGCGCAUCGGGCGCAUUGGGCGAUCAAGACAGUCAACGCGGAUUACGAUGAGGCGGGUAAGUUGAGGAAGUUGCAAUUGAGCGAGAUAGAAGAGAUUCGAGAUGAGGCAUACGAAUGUGCAUCGGCUUAUAAGGAUAAACUAAAGAAAGUGCAUGAUGCGAAAUUGCGCAAGAAAACGUUCGAAGUGGGGCAGAAAGUGUGGUUGUACAACUCACGAUUGAAGAUGUUCGCGGGCAAGCUUAAAAGCAAAUGGAUGGGUCCGUAUGUUAUUCGAAGAGUUGGGCGAUUUGGUGAUGUGGACAUCCAAGAUGAGCAAACGUUGAAACAACAAACGGAAAUGGCAAGGACAAAGGAACAAGCGGGAUCAAGCUCAUCUUCAUCAAAAGGCAAGGGAAACCAAAAGGAGCAACCACCAAGAAAGAGGCAAUAUAUGGGUAGGGUUAGUGAAAGCGAAAGUGAAGGCGAAGAAGAGGGGGCGUUAGACCCGAGUGAAAAGCCGGUAUGGAACUCGGGGUCUUUGGAUGAUCAACCCGAGAUUUGGUAG